AUGAAGCAGGAGGAGCACCAGGUAGCGAGCACGGACCACGUGCGUCUGUGCGUCAAGACAUGGCCGGCGCGGCCGAGCUUCGACGGCGGGGAGUACGAGCAGCAGCAGAAGCAGGCGCUGCUGGCGGUCAUCGUGCAUCCCUACUCGCGCAUGGGCGGCUCGCAGGCCGUUACGCAGGGCCUGGCGGAAUGCCUGUGCCUGCGCGGGUUCAACGUGGUGACGUUUGACCUGCGCGGCGCGGGCAGGUCGACGGGGCACGCGUCGUUCACGGGCGAGCCCGAGGUGGCGGACGUCAUGGCCGUGUGCCGCUGGGCGGGGGAGGAGUACGCCCAGCGCAUUCUGCUGCUGGGGUCGUCCGCAGGAGCGUCCAUUGCGGGGUCAGCCCUGCCGCAGCCCGCAGGUGGACCUGUACGUGGGCGUCGGUUUCCCCUGGCCCCUCACACCCACCCUCUCUCCCAUCCUCUCCCCACUCCAUCCUCAUCCCCCUCUUCCCCAUGCAGGAGCGCCCAUUGCAGGCUCCGCACUGCCGCACUGCCCGCACUUCCCCCACCCCCCCCUUUCACACACCCCGCAUUCUACACUCUACACAGCGUGGUGACGUUUGACCUGCGCGGCGCGGGCAGGUCGACGGGGCACGCGUCGUUCACGGGCGAGCCCGAGGUGGCGGACGUCAUGGCCGUGUGCCGCUGGGCGGGGGAGGAGUACGCCCAGCGCAUUCUGCUGCUGGGGUCGUCCGCAGGAGCGUCCAUUGCGGGGUCAGCCCUGCCGCAGCCCGCAGGUGGACCUGUACGAGCGCCCAUUGCAGGCUCAGCCCUGCCGCACUGCCCGCAGGUCGACCUGUACGUGGGCGUGGGCUACACCUUUGGCUUCUUCUCCUCGCUGCUCUUCGGCUCGCACUUCUCCACCGUGCUCGCCUGGCCGGGCCCCAAGCUCUUCAUCAUGGGCGCUAAAGACGAGUUCACGAGCACAAAGCAGCUGGAGGCACGGGCAGGGAAGGCGGUGGGCGUGGCGAAGGUGAGCAUUGUGGAGGGCGUGGGGCACUUUGGGCUGGAGGGGCCCGCGUAUGACGAGGAGGUGGCCAAGCGCGUGGGGGAGUUUGUCGCUGAGAACGCCGGUGCUGGUGCUGGUGGUGGAAGGGGAGGAGAAGUGGGUGCUGGUGGGGAGGAGGGAAUCAAGGAGAGUGAUAGCUAG